AACGUGAUUCUGUUCAACAAUCUAAUUAGACAUGGACUGGAUCAAGUGAGCGUAAUAGGAGCAACGGCUCAAUUUAAAAUGAGUGGAAAUCGGUUGAGCGCUUUUCAUUGGACGUAUGUGUGUGUGUGUUUGCUAAUUUGAGUAGAGUUUUCCACUUGAGUGAGAGAGGCAAUGUGAGAGGGAGAAAGAGCGAUAGUGUUCACUACAUAGCAUGGAAUUUAUGCUGUAACAUGCAUUCAUAUAUUCAAGAGUGUUUUACUGCGUUUAUGGAUGGAAUUGGGAAAAACGAGGAAUAGAACGAAAAAAAAAACAUGAAAAACCACUGACAUUUUCCCACACAAAAGUAAAAGCAUCUCAACAACAUUGCGCUACUCUAGUCAGGAGCAGCAGCAGCAGCAGCAGCAUUCAUUCGUGAUAUACAACACAUUCAAUAAAAAUUAUUUUUUUCCCCAAUAUUUAUUACUUUCCAUCAUUUGUAUAACAAUAGUUGUGUUGUUUUUCAACAUAAUCGAAUGGGAUAAAAAAAAGACUCGAUAGACUUAUUAAAAACACACGGAUUAAUACACGUAAUCAGCUUAAAAUGUGUCUAACAGUUCAAACAGCAGUACAUUUCGUCUAUUUUGCACUAGAUUUUGCACAAAUUGUGUUCAAAUAAAACAAAAAUUAAUAAAUAAGGUUUUAAUUCAAAUUCCAUUUGGGUGAAAGCUGAAAAAAAAACCAAAUCACGAAACGUGAAGUGUACCAAUCCCAACUAUUCCGUAUAAAAAGUAGAAGAAGAAAAAGGAAAACUAAUCAGCACCACUGAAAAUGAGAAAAACCAUACAAUUUUCCUAUCGAUUUGUAUAAUGUUACCAAUGCUGCUUUUGUAGGCAAUUCUACGAAUUGAACGAGUUAUUUUUCUUUUGUUAGUUUAUUUUUUUUUUGUAAAUCGAUGACUAUGUGAUUGAAACCAACUAUAUAUCUUUCACAUGAACAAACAAACAAACAAAACAUAGUACAAGAAUCUAGAAUAAGUGAAAAACAAAAGCCUACAGUACAAUUUAGUUCAAAUGAACGUCUAGCACACAAAGUAUCGAGUGUUUUGAUUUUCGUCCUUCAUUUGAUUUGAAAUCACAACGAAAGCUGCGACCGCAAUACUGAAAUUGAGCGAACGAAGCGAUUGAGCUUUGAAAGGCUGCUGUGCCCGCAACGAGAUAAAACAAAAGAAGAAAAAAAUUCGUUUGUGUAGUCGCGAAACCAACAUUCAUUGUCACGUGAAUUGUCCAAACAACAGCAAUAACAAUAACACGCAGCAAUAUUUAAAAUGGCUGUUAAAAUUCUGGACGAAGAUCAUCUGGCAAUCAGUGGUAUUGUUACAGUGGGAAUGCAAAUUAUUUUCUUCAUCAUUGCCGCUGCAUUUCAAUUGGACAAAUUAACGGAUUUCGCGGGUGGUGCAAAUUUUAUAAUAAUUGCAUUGUUAACAUUCUUUCUCGGCCAAAUCGAUCGGCCGUCUAAGGCGUACGAUAGUCGUCAAUUGAUGGUAACUAUGUUUGUGUGUUUGUGGGGUGCACGUUUGUCCAGCUAUCUACUGUACCGUGUGUUUAAAAUUGGGCGCGAUAAAGAGUUUGAGGAUAAAAAACGAAACAUUAUUCGUUUCGCCAUAUUUUGGACGUUUCAGGCGUUAUGGGUUUACGUUGUUUCACUUCCGGUUAUUCUAAUUAAUUCACCACGUCACGCACAAUACAACAAAGCACCGCGUACUAUGACCACAAUUGACUCAAUUGGCACGGGUAUGUACGCUGUAGGCCUACUAAUUGAAACGUAUGCUGAUUUGCAGAAAUUCGCAUUUCGUCAAGAUCCAGUGAAUCAAGGCAAAUUUUGUAAUGAUGGGCUAUGGAGUAUGUCGCGACAUCCAAACUAUUUUGGCGAAAUUCUAAUUUGGUGGGGCAUUUUCGUCAUUUCAAUCAAUGUCAUUCGUGGAAUUGAAUGGAUUGGCAUCAUUUCGCCAUUGUUCACAACACUGAUUAUCCUAUUCUUAUCCGGUAUUCCGUUGCGCGAAAAAUCAUCCGAUGAAAAGUACAGACAUAAUCCAAUGUAUAGGGCCUACAAGGAGUCAACGUCGCCCUUGAUUCCAAUCCCACCGAACGUUUAUGUUGAAGUGCCAUCAGCACUCAAGUUUGUUUUAUGCUGUGAAUUCCCCUGGUACAAUUCAUUGGACAUAAAGCGCAGUGAGCACAGUUCGUAUGGUGUAUCGAUGGCACAUUCCCAUUCACAUAUCCAUACGCAUACAUAGCAGACGGGUACACGUGCGACACCCACAACAGCAACCACCACAGCCACAACCAUAACCGCUCAACCAAAUACAUAUAGGGCCUACAACGGACAUGAUGACCAGGUGAUUGUUGAACAUCGUGAAUCGGGUGGACGCGGAAUUGUCACAACUAUUGUAUAAGAUUUAAAUCGCCAGAAAACAAACUCAAAACAAUGCAACAAUUUUUUUUGCACACAAACACUCAUUCUUACAUACACAAAGGGGUUAUAUUCACCAUCCAUGUACACGAAUAGUUUAUCAAUGAAUUUAUAUAUUUACUCUAGUCUACCAAUCGAACCUUAUAUUUACAUUUACACAUAUUUGAAGAAAAAAGAAUGAACGAGUUACACAUAUGAUGUCUAAAAGAAAAACCGAAAAAAAUCAACGCAAAUUAA